GGCAGGAAGCGGAAGACAGCGGCGGCUGCUGCUCUUUGAGGCCGGGCCGGCGGCAGGUAAAAAUGGCUGCAGAAGAGAAGUGGAAAGGUUGCACUUCGAAACAGCAUAGCGAGGCUGAACAGGCAGGUGAAAAAGAACCGUGUGUGCUUCUGGGCCAGCAGCUGGGUGAACCGGGAAGAUUUGCUUAUGCGGCACUUUGUGGGAUAUCCCUAGCAUCGCUGUUCCCUGAAGAAGAGCAAAGCUCCUUCAGGAUGGAAUUCAUUGAGGGCUUUGUGAAAUGGCUGGACCUGCCCGAUGCUGUCUUACCCGCCAUGACAGCAUUUGCUAGUGGCUUAGGAGGUGAGGGCACAGAAACUUUUGCCCAGAUUUUGCUGAAGGAUCCCACCUUGAAAGAAAAUCCAGUUGUCAUUACCCAAGACCUUCUAUCCUUCUCUCUUAGAGAUGGGUACUAUGAUGCUCGAGCCAGGGUGUUGAUCUGCCACAUCACCUGGCUGCUGAGACUCCCCUUGGAGGAGCUGGAAGUUCUGGAAGAAUCUCUGCUUGAGAGCCUGAAGGAACAAAAAGAGGAAGAGUCAGAAACUGCAGAGGUAUCAAGAAAAAAGAAGGAAAGAAGAAAAAAGCUGAAGAGAUACCUGCUGAUCGGUUUGGCAACUGUUGGGGGUGGAACAGUGAUAGGCUUGACAGGGGGUCUUGCUGCCCCGCUGGUUGCUGCAGGAGCUGCUACUAUCAUCGGAAGUGCUGGAGCAGCUGCUUUAGGUUCGACUGCUGGAAUUGCUGUCAUGGCAUCCCUUUUUGGAGCGGCUGGAGCUGGCCUUACUGGAUACAAGAUGAAGAAGCGUGUGGGAGCCAUAGAAGAGUUUGAAUUCCUCCCACUUACUGAAGGAAAGCAGCUUCAUAUCACCAUAGCAAUUACUGGAUGGCUGUGCACUGGCAGAUAUGGGAGCUUCACAGCACCAUGGAGCAGCAUGUUGCAGUCAAGUGAGCAGUAUUGUCUGGCCUGGGAAUCCAAGUACUUGAUGGAGCUUGGCAACGCCUUAGAUACCCUGCUGAAUGGUUUUGUGAACAUGAUGGCUCAAGAAGCCCUAAAAUUCACCGUCUUGUCAGGUAUUGUGACAGCCUUGACUUGGCCAGCUUCACUCUUGACUGUUGCCAGUGUCAUUGACAACCCCUGGGGAGUGUGUCUCCAUCGGUCUGCUGAAGUAGGCAAACACCUAGCACAUAUCCUGCUCAGUCGACAGCAGGGCAAGCGACCUGUUACACUGAUUGGUUUCAGUCUAGGUGCAAGAGUCAUUUACUUCUGCUUGCAAGAAAUGGCUCAAGAAAAAGACUCUCAAGGGAUCAUUGAAGAUGUGGUCUUACUGGGAGCUCCAGUGGAAGGAGAAGCCAAGUAUUGGAAAGCAAUCACAAAAGUGGUGUCGGGCAGGAUCAUAAACGGUUAUUGCAGGGGCGACUGGCUGCUGGGAUUUGUAUACAGAACCUCUUCUGUCCAGAUCAACGUUGCAGGCCUCCAGCCAGUCGACUUGGAUGACAGGAGGAUGGUAAACAUGGACCUUUCGUCUGUAGUCCAGAGGGCACCUUCCCCAGUGGGCUCCCUCACCAGGAAGGUCCCUCCCGCACGCUCCAGGAACCUCCUGGACUGUGUCCUCCCUGCUGGACUGUAUUUCCAUCAGACUCCUGGUAAGUCAAAGUGCCCCACGAGAACAAGAGCUAGCGGUCGUGAGACUUCUCCCAGCUGCUUACAGAGCAUUUCAUCUGCAUCUUCACCCUGGUCGGGUGGUCUAUAAUAGACUCCCACCAAGGUAUCUGCAUCGUCAGCCUUCCCCCCGAUUCUUGCCCAGAAGCACUCGACCCUAUCGACACCAUCGUUAAGCUCUAGACUAACUCAGGAAUAACUGAUUUUUCUUUCCAAAAGCUGUCUUAGAGGAGGGGCCUGGUAUUCCCAUUAUGAGGGAAGGCAAACAAAUCCAAGGCAGUCUGGCCUUCAGCCAAGCAGGUACCCAGCAUACAUGAAUACCGUAAGCAGAUGAAAAGUCUGAAUUUUGUGAAAUCCAACUGAUUUGGCACUUUUGUGACUUGGGCUUUUUUCCCCUAAAUGCAUCAAACUGUGUUUUGUUCCCCUGCAUUCCCAAGACUUGCAGGAAAGAAUUAAUUGUCGUUACGAAAUGUGGAUUAAUUAAGAACCCUGGGAAGUUCAAAAGGCAAAAGGUUGCCUAUGUCUCAUUACACCUUUGUUUCAUUUGUUUCAAAUGAGCAGUGCCACCUCCCAUGGUGACAGGCAUUAACAGGAUCAGAAAAGCAAGAGCUAGGAGCAGAACUUGGCUUCAGGCAGCGGCUCGAAGGGGCCCAGAGAGCCUUCUCUCAGAUCUGGGGACCUGCAAGCCUUUUGGGAAACAAGUCUAUGUGUCUGCUUGGCUCUGAGGUCACAGGGAUGAUUUCUUCCUCUUCACAUGUCCCUACAACCCUGGAGUCAUCAGUGGCUUAGUUUUCUGUGAUCCUUCUUGCUGUUGAUUUGGGAAUUCCAAGAAUCACACAUUGAAUACAUAUUAAAUGAAUGUUUCCCUUUGGGAUGCAAGCAGAGGGUGCUGGCAAUAUCAGUAUGUUAGAACAGAGGAAGAAACUGGAAAACCUUUUCCAUAAAGUGCGUGCAAAUGGACCCAUUAGUAACUUGCAGUUUGUUUUUGCUUUGUGGCAGAAAAAAACCUCAAAAGCCCAUGUCCCUCCUUGCUUCAACACAGAUGUAUUGCUUCACCUUGGUGUACGCUUUGGGAGGCUGGGGGUAUUUAUCUGCUUCUGAGAGCAGAGAGAACCAUUUUAUAGUACUCCCUGAGCCUUUACUCCAUAAGGCUGGUGCCAAAAUUCACAUACGUGCUGCCACUCCGAAGCAGUGUGGUGCCAGAACAGCAUGGCCUUCCUGCAGAUUUAUAGAAGUAAUUUUCCCAUUUCCUCCAUUGUGCGUGGAACAUGUGGGUAUCGUUUCAUGGUGGACUUCCACAACAUCUGUUUGAGCGUGUACAGUGUUCAGAGACCCCAACUACCCUGGGCAAAGCUGAAUGGCUGGGACUGCACCCCUCGCCUUCAGAAAAGCUGAGAUUAAGUGCCACAUUGUAGAAAGAUCCACAAGUAGUUUACAUUUACAUCUAAUAAGUUCAACAAACGAAAUUUGCUAUUCCACUUGAGUAACCAGCAAUGUUUUCAUACCAUGACAUCUUUCUCCCAUGGAGCCUAAGAAUUUACAUCACUUUUCACCUUUUAUAGAGCUUCUUUUACAUUGCAUAUAUAUCAGAGCACCUUGCAUUUGGAAACAGGACUGCUCUUGCAAAGCCAGAUGUUGCAGACUCAUUCUUGACAGGUUUGCGGUGAACACAUUUGUAGCUGUUGACUUUGCAAGCAGCUCACCUGAUCACACAGACCCUAGUCCAGCAAAACAGCCAGGAAAAGCAGUGGGAAUUUUCCCUAAGUAGUGUUAAUUACAUUUGGUUCUGCAAGGGUGGCUACACAAAGCACGGUAAGGUGAAUUAAGGAUAGAGAAUUCAGCUUUCUAUCUCCUGUCUUAUGUUGGAACACAAUCGCUAAUUCUGUAUAAUUUUUGUGUUCAGUUUUGAACUUUGUUCCUAACCUCUUCAGCUAACAUGGAAAGAAAAUUCAGCUGCAACAUCCAAUUAAAAGUGUUAAUCAAGGGGAAGACUGACUUAGCUGACACAUUGUGUACGUGAGGUUUUUCUCCUGCAGCACACUUUCAGCUGACGUGUUUGAGAUCUCGCAAUUACAACAGCACAUAUUAUUGAUGUUAGCUGCCUGUAGCUGAAAGCACCAUGAGGCUUACCACUGCCUGCCGCCCCAGCGACACUAGGGUGAGGUCAGGGCUUAAACUGGCUGCAGUCCCAGUGUGAUGGUUCUGUAGGAGAUCACAUUGCUAAGGAGAGGUGUUGCACUGCUCCAUAGCUUUGGAAAUUUCCCAAAUGCCCAAGACUUCUUGCCCAGACAGAUUAUUACCAUCAACUCAUAAGGGGUGAAUAAGGUGAGAGCAGGUCAUUGUCCCCAGAGACAGCAGGAAUUCCCUUAGCUAACCAAAAACAAUCUUGUUUUGUGGACUUCGGCUGAGAAGUUGGUUUGAAAGCCACGAAGAUGGUAACAUUUCAGCUGCCAAAUCUUGUGUAUUCCUGGAGCAAGAUGGGGAGAGGGAGGGUGAUCAGUCCCUUUUGGUGUUACAGAGGAGUCAUCCUCCACUGCAGGCAGGUCCUGUUAUAUCAUCCUGACUAUGGAGACUGAAUCUCAUCUCAGUGUUUUCAUCUGGACUCUUGAAAAAUUCUCCAUAAUCCUGGCUUGAUCGGUAUAGCAGAUAUUUUGGAUCACUAGUGGACUGCUGUAGUUUAUAACAUCAGAUACCUGGGUCCCCUAAGCUACUUCUAGGAACACUCCAGUUCAAUACCUCAAUCCAGUCUUCGUUUUGGGAGAUCUCUUUUCUUCUGAGGCCAAGAGAUGAUGUUCAGAUUACUCCCCAGUGAUAAUUAUAUGCACAGUUGAUGCUGGGCCUUUGAAAACAUUCUUUAUAGCAUCUAAUGUAAAUAAUUUGCACUUGGAUUAGCACUGAAAAAUAAGUAUUUGAUUAUAGCCACCUUAAAAGUGAGUGGCAUGUUUUGCAACUUUGAUAUAGCUGGAAAGACUCCCGAGUGUUCAGACACCAACCCGAUAGCUAGAGAAAAGAACCAAUUCCACUUCUGGUAGUUGUCAGAGCAUCAGCAAAAUAAAACCAGUCACCAGCAGCUGUGCAAACGGUUGAAAAAUUCAUGGCUCAGUGUGCGGAGCGUGUUACCUGUGAGCAGAAGGCCACCUGUGAAGGUACCUUUCCCUUGAAACUCUUUCAAGGGCUGUCUUAUUGAUCCAGAAUUUAUGAAGCUCCUUCUUCCUAACUUUAUCCUGCCCGUCAUCGCUGACAUACAGCUGCUCUCCAUCUCGCCCCCUUAGGGCUUCAGGCUUCCCAAACUGAUUUCCUCCAUUUACUUCCUCUGUUUUCUUGUUGUAUUCUGUGUUUCACUCCUCUCCAUCAGUCCUCUUGGAAUUGGUCAAGGUAAAUCGAGAGUAAAGCUGGCAGAGUUAUUCAGCAGUGGACAAAUCCAGCAAAAGAAAGUGUUCACUCAGAAUUUUCAACACUGACAUGUUCCCACAAAAAAACCCAAACAUAUCAAAGUUUGAUGGGAAAAGUCCUUGGAAAAAGUUACUGCAUUGGCGUGAAACUGCCUGAGUGCUGUCUGAGGGUAACAUCCCUCAGUUAUUGUCCCGGAGGUGAGAAUGACUUGAUCAAUAAGUUGUGGCUGAAAGAUGAUUGCAUGUAAAAAUUACAGUCUUGCUCAAGACAUGUUGCUGUAAUUGAAGGAGAACUUUUACCGGUCAAGUUAAUUGUUAAAUGAGGAGAAAAAUAAGAAUCGAGCGACUUAGUCUACUCACAAAACUGUAAUUGUGUGAAGGACUGAUUUAGAAGCAAAGCCUAUUAGCUACAGCUGAAUCAUGCUCCAAUCUUUAUUCCGUCAGUUUUUCAGAGCAGAAAUAGAAACAUUAAAGAGGAAUAAUGCAAAUGACAUUGACAGUAUUUUCAAAAUAAAUUCAGCUCUAUAGAGUUUUCCUCAAAUAUGUUUUUAUUAGCUUCUCCUCUGCUGGAAGCGAGAAUUGCUAAUGCUCAGGAUAUACCUAUAGUGCAACACAGAUGCCAGAUUCACACUUUUUAAUAAAUCCAUUUAAAUGACAGCUUCUGAAUCAGUGGAUGUGUUCACUGCCCUCACUUUUGAAAACAUUGUUUCCUAAGAACCCAAACAGAAGAAUUUUAUUUCUAUUUUAGCUUAAUUCAGCCACAGCCUCUUUCCAGGUUUGUUUCAUGUUCUUCUCGUUCUCGCUAUGGGAAUCUGCUCUGCCACUGGCUUUUGGCAGGUCCAGCCAUAUUCCCCAGCUUGGGCAGCGUAAGAUCUUUGCCAGAAGCUCUCAGAAAACUGUGGAAAAUAGAUAGGACAUUUUCCACCAGGCUGAAUGCCCUCUAUCAUGCUGGGUAUACCCAGCACUCUGAAUUAAGGCUUACGCUGACACAUGGGAAUAACUCUGAGCAGAGGAGCCUGCCAGCUUGGCAGGGAUGACUGCAUUUUGAGUGAUAACCUGGCAUAGCUUGAGAGUCCUAUAAUCAAUCAGGCUUUGCCACCAUCUGGAAGAGGACGGCUGCAUGGCUUUGGAAGCAGUACCCAGAACUGAGGAUUUUUUUGGAAAGGAAGAGUGGCAUGCGAGUUUCUUCCCUUCUGUACCAAUGCCACGCCAGAACUGGCUGUCAGUUUAUUUCAGUGCGCAGGGUUGCGCUCCGGUUCUCUUCCUGAAAGACAAAUUCACUGCCACUGUUGGAAACGGAGAGGAAACCCAAGAGUUGAACGGGCAAUUGCAAGAGUUGCUGAGCUGGCUUUAUUGAGAUAUGCCACCCGGAGGCAGUUUGCAUUUCAUUAUGUGUGUACACAAAGUGUCUGGCACCAUAGUGGGAAGAAAGCACUGCUGAAAAGUGAGGUGUGAUGAUUAGCUGAGCUUCAGAAACUGCAGCUCACUCUGUUAACUCUUUUCAUCCAACACAAAAUACCGUUUUCUAUUAAAACAGACAGUAUUUGCCAAAAGGGAAUCCUGAAACUGCAGUGGCCUCCAAGAUAGUCUUUACUGCUCCUGCUGAAAUAACAAAGCCCUGGAGAGAUGUUUUAACUUGAGGGUAUCUUCUUCCUGCACAAUAAAGUUGCUUUUUGGAUGUAAUGGGCUCAAAACAAGUCAAAGAGGUGAAAUUCUGAGCCAUAUUAAUGACCUGCGCUCCUGUGACUUGCAGAGGGUACCUGUGCGUGCUCCACUCGUGCUGCAUGCCUCCUGUGCUCCUCAGGGAUCCUCUGCAAAUCCCUAGGAUGUUUGGUCAAGGAGAGCAGGAGGAAGGCACAGCCCAGCUGCUCUGUCCUGUAUCUG